UCUAGCACGAGCCAACCCGCCUAAUUAGUCAAUACAUCAGGUGAACGCUAACAUGGAAGAGUCUUUCCCUCUCAGUUUAAAGUUGUUUUAAACACUCCGCCAUGGCUAAACAGUAUGACAUCCUAUUCCGAAUUCUCUUGCUCGGAGAUUCAGAUGUAGGAAAGACUUGUAUGCUGCGUCGCUUCACGGACAAAGAGUUCGACUACGGACAUGUCUCCACCAUCGGUGUCGAUUUUAAAAUGAAGACACUAGAUAUAGACGGCAUCAAGGUGCGAGUACAAAUAUGGGACACAGCCGGUCAGGAACGCUAUCAGACGAUUACCAAACAGUACUACAGACGCGCACAGGGUAUCAUCUUCGUUUAUGACAUCACAAAUGAGUCCUCCUUUCAGCACAUCGUAAAGUGGGCCAGCGACGUGGAUGAGUAUGCUCCAGACAAGGUGCAGAGGAUCCUAGUAGGGAACAAAUCAGACGAGGAGCCCAGGAGGCGAGUGACAAAGGAAGACGGAAGCAAACUCGCCGAAUGGUACGGAAUGGACUUCUUUGAGACCAGCGCAUCCACCAGCAACAACAUUGAUGAGUCUUUCACUCGCGUGACCGAACUGGUGCUGCAGGCUCACAAGAGAGACGUGGACAACCUUUUGGGAUCGCUGGAUGAUUAUUUAAACAAAGCCGGUCUGGAGGAAAGCAGUCAAGAUAAUAACAGCAUUCAGAGGGUCUGUGGCUGUUAACGAGAAUCUUUUUUUUAAAUCAACAUUUCCUCCGUUUUUACUUUCUUUGCUGCUCAUUUGAUGGGUUUCACUUGGUAGUGUAACGCAUUCACCACCACCACCACCAACACCUACCAACAGAGGGCAGUAGUGUUCCAUAUACUGGUUCACUGUCGCUAAUCCCCAUUAAGCUUAUUCAUUGCCCAUUAACUUAUAAUGUAUUGUUGGGGUGGAAAUAGAGUCAGAGGAAGAAGAUAAAUUAUUUAAACUGUGAAACUGGAGGUUUCACUUGUUUAUGAAUGGCGUUAAUGUGAUCCUACUUGCGUUUAUUAUAUUUCUGACUGCAGUACUUUUGUAUUUAACAUGUCAUUAAAUUACCCUUUUUUGCCCUGAAUGAUAUUUUAACUUGACUCAAAAAUAAAAUGUAUUACGGUGACUAAAAUAAAUGUGACGUUAAAAAAGUAAUGAACCAAUGGAGAGUGUGAUCAGGUUUCGUUGAGGUCUCGUUUUCAUCAACAUGUUGAAAUUUUCAUGACUGGUGCCGUGUUGUUGGAGACGGCUAAUUUUCUUUUACGCGCUUUUUUUUUUUAAAGAUGUGCAUUCAUGCAACUUUUUAGAAAAGAUGUAAACGCUCAACUAUGAAUUUCAAUGCAUGGAAAACCAAGUGGUUUGUACAGCAUAAACCAGGGGUGGGCAAACUACGGC